GUGGGAGACGCAUCACGCAUGUAGGGGAAAUGCGUUUGACUCAAAACAUGGAUACCGAGUUGCGACUCACCGACAACGACGAUUCUCGUUCCUGAACCACCACAGAAAUGGCGACGAACGGCGGAAGUUCCAGGGACGCAGCCGCUCGAAGACGGAGAAUCGCCGAGAGAGGAUCGGAGCGUCUGGCUCUCAUCACUGGUCGUGUCCAGUCCAUAUCAUCAUCUCCGUUGACUCCUCCUGUAGCCCAGCCGCAUCACUCUUCUACCGCACCAUGCCCUCCUUCCAUUUCCCGGAACUCUGAUCAGGUCCCUACCUCCGAUGAAAACACCGUUUCACCUUUAAACACAGAGACUGCUGGUGAUGAUGUUGAGAAUGAUGUCCAACCAGUAAUGCCUAAAUGUGAGACAAUAACCGAAACCUAUCCACAACCAUCUUUUACACCCAGCAACACACAAUCAUUUAGCACCACAUUAACAGAACCGAACCCACCAAUAUCCACCUCCAACAAGUCACAAAAGUCUGAAUCACAAACCCGUCUUCACGAAACUCUCACUCCUAAUCGAAUACGUCCUGCCAUUACAGCAUCACAAGACAUCCGAAAAAUCUGUUCUGUUAUAACUGCCCUGUUAGUUCUGUUUUCAUAUGCAGGCUUCCCUAUUCUGGGCAGCGACAUUAUAAAGAAUCUCGUACUUUCUAGGCCCCUGAUUCUACUCCUAUUGACCAACAUAACCAUCGUGGCUGCACCUUUGCUCUUGGAAAAAGUGAAGCAGAAAGAACGUCGGGGAUCUGCAAUAGGCGAGACGGGUUUUGCCAGUAAUCUCGGUACAGCUUUGGAGUGGGGUAUGUUGAUGAAAACCGGUACAAGUGCUUUGUUCAUGGAUUGUAGCGUUUACUCGGUGGUCGUUAUUUGUGGCAUCUCUUUCCUGCAGAAACUUGGGUGGUAGAAUAGUUGUGUGUUUUCUUUAAUCAUCAAGUUUUGGGUUACAUUUUACAAUGUGUUUGUACCUUUGAAACCCUGAUUGCUUCCAACAAGAUGCCAAGGCAUACAAUACUUAUAAAUCGUUAAAGUAGAUGCCAAAA